AUGUGCUACUACCAGUAUCAUGGCAGAGGAGACCUUGUCAAGACUCCAGGCUCCAACGACUUGAAGAACAAGAACUCGUUAUUAUUGGAGCAGCACGAGCAUGUCCUGGACUGUGCUGAUGCGGUGGCGACCAUGGAUGAUCCUGGAGUGAACGUGCCCCUGCACAGUUCCUGUGUAGCUCCAGCCUUUGAUAUGAAUGUGCACUCUGGAAAUGACUUGAUUUCCAAGCGUAUUCGAACCUGGGGCUGUUUUGAGUGUGCUAUUUUGAACAAGUUUAUGCAAUUCAUGGCAGCACAGACACCAUCAGAUACCUUCUUCCUUGACAUUGGUGCAAACAUUGGCAUGUACAGUUUGCAUGCAGCUGCAUUGGGACGAGAUGUAUUCUCCUUUGAACCAUUUCAAAGGAACUACCAGCGCUUGUGCAAAUCAAUCUCCAUGAACCAAGGCUUUGAGGAAAGAAUUGUUGUAUUCAAUGUUGCCCUCAUGGACCAUCCAACAACUGUUGACUUUGGGAAAGUUUCCAACAAGAACUAUGGUGGGGUUGGUGUGAAUCCAGAGGAUGAUUCACAAGACAAAGAAUCAUCAUCCAGCACCCCUGUACGUGGUUUAGACUAUGCUCCAGGAGUCCCCCUGUCUUCAUUGGAAACCAUUUUGCCUGUGAAUCGCCCUGCAGUCAUCAAGAUCAAUGUGGAAGGUUCUGAGUGCAGAGUUUUGGGUGGUGCCAUCGAUUACUUGAACACCUUAGAUAUUCUCUAUGUUGAAAUUGAAUGGUCCCCCAGCAUGAAAACAUGUGAGCACACAGAAGAAAUCUUCAAGUUGUUCCAGAAGAAUGGGCUAUCGCCUUAUCAGUACCACUACAUCCAAGAUGUUUGGAAACCAAUCAAUGUCACAGAGUGGCUUCAAUGGCACAACCAUUGGUUCAUUGAAAAUGUCUUGAAGUAUUCGCUGAUUGAUAUUGCGUGGAUUCGAGAAUAA